AUGACACCCAUAGUUUCAUUUGGAGGCAGAUUCGAUUUCAAACUUUCAACCUCGAUAGCACGACCUAACAGUUUCCUCUCAUCUUUUUCUUCUUGGGAAGCUCCCUUUCCAUUUGAGAGGAACAAGUCCAGAGCUUUCAGUGGCCUUGGAGUAGGAAAUUGGAAGAAGGAGCUGGUGGAGGAAAUAGAAUGAAUUUUGAAUUUCGCUUGAUUGGGUUUUUGAGUUUGGCAUGUUUAUGCUUGCUUCAAUUAUGAAAACUCAAUAUAUUACCCAAAAGCUUCAUUGCAAACAGAGUGCCGGCGAACGUUCAACCGUUUUCAGGUCCUCUCGAUGUCUGCAAAGAGUCAUCUCAGCCUCUGUGAUUCUCCGAUGCUCAUCGACGAUGGCAGAAAGAGCUUUGCAUUGGAGAAAUGGACCGGGAGGAAAUGCUACAUGCUUUCUGCAAGGGACCUUACAAUUAUCUGGUCCAAUUCUCCAGAUUAUUGGAGAUGGUUACCCGACCCAGAUUCCAGAUUUUCGGAAGUGGCUGAGCUUAUUGAUGUUUGUUGGUUUGAAAUCAAUGGCGAAAUUAGUAUCCAGAUGUUGUCCCCAGAAACAUCAUAUGCGGCGUACUUGGUGUUCAAAUUGACAACAAGUGCUUAUGGGUUUGAAGGACAUCCAGCAGAGAUCACUGUAGAGCUUGCUGGAAGUGAAAAAGAUAAGCGUAGUGUUUUUUUGGUUCCAGUAAGAGGACAGAAGCGCCAACACCAAACUUUAAGAAGGCUAACUGGUUUGUUUAACUGCAGCCGGGUUUCGGGUUCGCAACCCUCUGUGCCUGCCGGAAAAAGCUAUGGCAAAUACCCGAAAGAGAGAGUAGAUGGGUGGCUGGAGAUUGAAUUGGGUGAGUUCAAUAGCGAGAACGGCGGAGAUGGAAAAUUGAAGAUAAAUUUACGAGUGAAAGGUGAUCACUGGAAAAGUGGUAUCAUUGUUCAAGGGAUAGAGAUUAGGCCAAAAGGAGAUUAAAAAAUUAAGCAAGCAAUUGCUAUUUGAAGGUUGGGGCAAAGACUAAUCGUUCCAGGAUUUUAUAUUAGUAUGUUGUAAUUUAUUAUAUUAUAUAUACAAAUAAUUAAAGCUUCAUUCUCUUC